AUUGAAUUCCAAUGGAAUUUAGAAAUCAGAAGUUUUGGCCUGUUGGAACCGAAGCAGAAAAUUAACUGAUUAUCAUUAACGGAAGUGUUGAUGAAUCUGAAAUCUGCUCAUCAUCUGUUGUCUCGUGGUUGAUGAAUAAUGAUAGAAUGGGUUGCUUGCUCUUCUUCUAUGCACAUUGUUCUCCUUUUUAGGUAAUUUUUUGACCACUGUGAUGGAGAUGGCUCUAGUACAUGGUGGCCAAACUCAGGUCCGGGGGCCACAUGACGCCCAGUAAGCCAGUUCAUCUGGCCCGCAGGAGCUUUUGAAUACAAAGUACCAUACUCACACCUAAAAUUCUUUAAAAAGCAAAGGGUGUUGCAGGUGUGAGAUUAAUCAAGGUCACAUCUAAAUAUUGCAAUGUGUAGGAGUGAAAUAGCCAACAAGUUAUGUCAGUGGACAUUACAGUAAUUCUCAUUACUGGCACAUGCAUGUUGCCUGCGACAUCUGGUCCUACUCUAGUAGACCUCCCUCUCUCUCUGUCUCUCUGUCUCUUUCUCUCUCUCUCUGAGUGUGUAGGGUAGCAGUGUGUGCAUGCAUGAGCCACAAGCCUAUAGCAUUUCUUUCUGCGGAAAUGCAGUGUGGGUUGGAUUUGCUGCGUUUUCAUUGUCACACUUCUGCUGUUGUGCUGACCCGGGUGAGAGGUAGGGGGUGUGAAAAAUAGAGAGGACAGAGUGCACAAGUUUCACAUUGUACAAGACCAUCACACACUGUGUAGCCUAUAUGAGUAUGCGCAUGCAAGAGGCUGUGCAGUGACUGUUUGCUGUCCCUGCAUUUAGAGGCAUGAUGCCUGGCCUGGUGGUAGCCCUUAUCAUUGCCUGCGCCUGUCAUGCUGUGUUGGCUACCAACAUUGAGGCAACUGUCUGGAAGGUUUUCAAAAAAAAAUCAGCUGAUGGCUUUGGUUACAGAGUGAUCCAGCAGAACCCCUCAAGUGUGUUGGUUAGCGCCCAACUCCAACAGCACAAUGUCAGCAAAGGACAGAUCUACAAGUGCAUGGUGGAUUCAAAAUUGUGUUCAACUUUAGAUAUCAACGAUACUGCAGUAAAUAUGUCCCUUGGUCUCUCAAUGACAAUGACUGAAAGUGCUAGGACGUGGAUCUGUGGUCCAACUAUCCCCAAAGAAUGCCCAGAUGUUACCCAGUAUGGUGGAAUGUGUUUCGGUCUGAGUUCUAAUCUGAAGCAGGAAGCAGGACCACUGCCUUUGUCCCUGGAAGAGUGCAAGGCUGGUGCGGAUGUUUUAUUUCUCUUGGAUGGGUCUGGGAGUGUAGGAGCCAAACAGUUCAAUAAGAUGAAAGGAUUUGUUAAAGAACUGAUCACAGCUCUACUUGAAUAUGAUACCAGAUUUUCCAUAGCACAGUAUUCCAAGGACUGCACCAUCCACAUCCAGUUUGAUCAGAUUGACAGAACAAUGAGGGAACAAGAGGUGGAUGAAAUCACAUAUGAGAGUGGAAAUUAUACAAUGACGGCAAGUGCCAUCCUCAAAGUUGUGAAUGAGGGGUUUGUUACAGAAGAUGGAGCAAGGGAUGAUGCAAAGAAAAUUCUCAUCGUCAUCACAGAUGGACAGUCGCAUGAUAAGGCCGUCUACGCUGAUGCAAUUGAUCAGGCUGGCAAGAAAGAUAUUACAAGAUUUGCUAUAGGGGUUGGAAAUGCUUUUAAUAAAGCAUCAGCAAUAAAGGAACUAGAGACAAUAGCAUCUGCACCUGUUGACAAGCACAUGUUUAAAGUGGACAACUUUGAAGCACUGAAGGAAAUCAGCAGCACCCUGGAAACGAGCAUCAUUGCCAUAGAAGGAAGCCAAACCAUGGGCGACUCCACAAAGAUGGAAUUUGCCCAGAAUGGAUUCAGUGCAGCUGUUGUGUCCAGUCCAGAGGAGAGGCUUCUACUGGGUGUAGUUGGGGCACACCAGUGGAGAGGGGGCUACCAGGACAUCCGGCUGUCUACAGGGACAUCCACAUUCCACAGGAUGGGAGACGUCUCCCCUGAUAGUUACCUGGGUUAUUCCAUGGCUGUGGCGGUCAGAGACAGACAGAGCUACAUAGUCAUGGGAGCCCCCAGAUACGAACACAAGGGGCUGCUCAUGGUCAUCUCUCCUGAUGGCACACACAAGAAAUUCACACAGUCCCAGAUAGGUGCCUACUUCGGAGCAGAGGUGUGUGUGGUGGAUUUAGAUGGAGAUUCCAACACUGACCUGAUUCUGGCAUCUGCCCCAAUGCACACAGAAGAGGGGAGAGAGGGAUCAGUCUUUGUGUAUAAACUUCAGGACUCCACAACCACAGUAGUGCCAGUGACAGAUGGGACCCUGCUGGGGCUGGAGGGGGAGAGGGGGAGGUUUGGCUGGGCUCUGGCCAGCCUGGCAGACCUGAAUGGAGACAAGAUCAGUGACGUGGCUGUAGGAGCUCCUCUGGAGGAUGACAGACAGGGCUGCCUGUACAUCUUCAACGGCAGAGGAGAUGGGAUCAACCCCACAUACUCACAGAGGAUUGUAGGUUCAUCAGUGUGGUCCGGUCUGAGGUUCUUUGGGUGGACUGUGGCCCCGUCUGCUUUGGACCAGAGUGGAGACGGGCUACCUGACAUCGCGGUCGGGUCCAAAGGAGCUGUUCUGUUGCUCAGGUCAAGACCAUUGGUGUCCAUAGCUACAGCCGUGUCAUUCCUGCCCUCCACAAUCCCGACGUCCGUUUCUCAGUGUGCUGAUGUGGAGAACAUUACAGCCAUCGUGUGCUUCAACAUGGCCAAGGUCACAAGUGACAAGUUCAGAGGGCUACAAGCAAAGAUCAACUACACACUAAGCUUGGACACCACCCGAUCAAGCCCUCGCGCUUUCUUCACCUCAGUGAGUGAGGAGAAGACAAUGAGCACAGAGGUGAAUGUAUCGCUGGGGAACAAAAACUGCUUUCAUCACCUUUUCCAUGUUCAGUGCCAGACGGUGGAUGUUGUGAACCCUGUAGUUGUGGAGGUGGCCCUUCUCUUCCGCGGUCUUCCCAUUCAGACGGCCUCCCAGCUAGAACCAGAGCUGGACAGCAGCUCUGCCACCACCACUACAAACACACUGAACUUUGAAAUUGACUGUGGACAAGAUGGUUUUUGUAUUGACAAUAUCUACCUCAGCAUUGACUUCCCUGGAUUGUCCACCAUCGAGGUGGGCAUUGCAGAGAAGAUGAUUGUUGUGGUGACAGUAGAGAACAGAGGAGAAGACUCCUACAACACCCGUAUGUCUCUCUCCUACCCCCCUGGCCUCUCCUACAGGACUGUCACCAAGAAACAGGGAAGGGUGGAGUGCACACCUUUGGACAGCACUGAUGGAGCCUCUCUGGGGAAGACUGACUGCAAAAUCAACACACCCAUUCUUAAAGCUGGCAAUAAGGCUACCUUUGAGGUCCAAUACGGGAUUGAUGGAAACAGAGAUUUUGGAGAGAGAGUCACAAUACAGGCCCAGGCUUUCAGUAACAAUGAAAACCAUACUGAUGGGAGCCACUUGAACAAGACCAAGGACAUCUCGGCCAAAUACAGCAUCUAUGUCACUAUGACCAGAUAUGAAAACACAACCAGCUACAUUAAUUUUACUGCGGGAAAUUACCACUUGCAGAAACCAGUGACGCACAAUUUAGAGGUGACAAAUGGACUUCGAAAUCUCAAUCUGACUGUCAUCAUUCGUGUGCCUGUAAAACUCCAAGACAAGUAUCUUUGGAUUGAUGCAAACAGCUUGCAUAUUGACGGAUGCACGGCAGGACAGGAGUUGAAGCCAUUCAUCACAGACCUACAGCAGACCUUCAAGAACACCAAGGAGCCAAUUCUGAAUUGCUCCAUUGCCGUGUGUCUGGAGUUCAGGUGUGCCUCAUACAUGCCAAAGGGGAGUCAAAACCACUACAGCAUCUCAGGAAAUGUGAGCUCAGCUUGGAUUGAACAGACUGGGCUGCGUUCUGCUUUGUUUCGCCUUGUCACUUCGGCCACUCUGGAGUACGACAACAAGUACAUCUUCUACUCCUCAGACUCCACUCGACAACCACCUGUUACCAGGAUUCAGACACAUGUGGAGCUCUAUGAUGUGCCCGAUCUGACUAAGGAGAUCGUUGGUGGAGUAGUGGGUGGUCUGCUCAUAUUGAUUCUACUGACAGUUGGCCUCACUAAGUCCGGCUUCUUCAAGAGUUCAUACCAACAGAAGAUACUGGAGGCAGAAGCUCAGGGUGGGGAUGACGGUGAACCACCAUAAGAAUAAUAACAUUUUCUCUCUCUUUCUCUCUCCUCUAAAGUGAUAGGCUACUGUGCACCAUGUAUCGCUAAAACUUAACCUGUUAUUAUAACUUUUUAAAAAUUGAACAUUUGCUGUCUGUUGAUUGACAUAACUGAUUAGUACAGUAUUUGUGUUGUUGUAUUGUAAUUUGCUGCGAAAAAAAGUUAUUUGAUGUUCUGUCAAAUCCCCUCCACACACCUGUGUGCCAUGGGCGACAGGGCAUUUGGUGUGGUUGGCAGCAAGACGGAACGCACUCCCGCUGACAAUUCGUCAAUGUUCUGCAAUUUCCUCUUCUAAAUCCAAGCUUGAGACGCACCUCUUCACUGCAGCAUAUUCAUCACACCACUGACAUGCACUUCCACUUCGUUUAGUUAUUAUUUUAGAAUAAUUUUAUUUUAUACACAUGUAUUCUACUUUAUUCUUGUAUAACUAUUUUUAUUUUCAAUCAUUCUCCUAUUUAGCUGUGAUGUAUAAAUUCAUUGAUGCUUUGUUAUUACUUUUUCUACUGUUAUUUCUCGGUUUUAAUGUAAAGUGACCUUGGGCAUCUUGAAAGGCGCUUAAAAUAAAAUGUAUUAUUAUCAUUAUUAAUGCCAUGAGCACACAAUACUUUGCUGGACAUAGUCCAGUAAUAUUGCAUUAAACAUUAAUCAAUCAUGGGCUAUUCCAUCUACCGUACCUUAUUACCACCCAUGUGAACCCCACCUAUUUCAAUGUUUUUCAUGCUCUCAUUAGAUCCACUUUCUUUGCCCAUAUAGCAUUUAUAAUCACCCAGCUACCAAAACAGUACAACGUCGCCCCGGUAACCAUGGAUAAUACGGUGGAUAUGGGAAUGUGAUUGUGUUGAGGCUGAUGAAGCCUGGUGUUUACACCACAUCAUCCUUCUGUGAA